UUUAAAAAAAAAAAAAAAUAAUAAUAAUGUCUGCCGAUAUAGUGAAACAGUUGAAAGGCACUCGAUCCGAUGUUGAGGCUGCGGCCACGACAAUUAAGCUGAAAUUCAAGGAAUUCAGCAAGGGCAUCGGGAUAAGCGACGCCUCCUUUCCGCUAAGAUAUGAGUUGAGCGUGUUGCGCCAGCUGUGUCUCGCCUUGAAGGACAAUCUGCACCAGCAUGACGAUCUCUACUGCGACAUUGCGGCCACCGUGGUACCACACGUGGAGCCCUACGAGGAGAAGCCGAGCCUGUGGGAAGCUCAUCUAACGAGCCUGCGGUACAUACAUCGUGAGCUUUGUCAGGAGAAAUCCCUGACAGAAUGCCAGAAAAUGUACGGCCUAGUCCGAUCGCAGCCCUGCCGCCUGCAAGGGGAGGCUGACUACAAGUUUUAUUUGGACAUCCAUCUGACGCACUUCAAUGGCAUUCACUUGCAAAUGUAGAAGGAGACGUUGCCCAUCGCCGCCACAGAUCAACUAUAUUACGCCUUGGAGGCAAUGGGUGUCCUCUUUGACACCAUGCGCCAGCGUAAAGUGGCAAAGAAUGCGGCUCUCCUGGUCCAGCUGAAUGAUGCCCUGUUCAGCAAGCGAAGCAAAGCCUUUCUGAUGUACCUGAGCGCCCUUCCGCCCGAGAGCACGACGAAAAUGUACGACCCGCUUCUCAAGCUCCUGAUCUGCAGCUGGGCCACACCCAGCUCUGAGCUGACUACUCAAUUCACGGAGUAUCUGGGCCUGGUUCUGGCACUGAUGCAGAUCGACAUGUUUUCCAUAGAAGCGCCGCUCGAACAACAACUGGCACUGAAGUUGCUGCGCAUUUGUCGCGACCUGUACAAGGACGUCUCUCCGCAGAACUACUCCAUCCAGCUCCUCUACUACUAUGUCAAGCUGUUGUACGUGCGCGAGGCUACGGCGGACUUCAAGCGGACUUACAUCGAUCUGUGCAAGAAGUUCGUCUACUUCUUCGAGCACAAGGGCGCGACGCACGCCAAAGAGCAGUGGUUCAUGGACCUGCUGGUGUUCUUCCAGCGCCUGCAGAUGCUGCUUCAUCAGAGCAGCAACAAGCCUCCCUUAGACAUUUUUUGGCAGCAGCUCGAGGGCGACGACAGUCCCGAGGUAUACACCGCCCACUUUCAACUGCUGCAUGGCUGCCUUGGGCUGACGGUGAACGUAGUGAGGAGUCCGCUGGGGACCAGCUGCUCCAACGAGGCCUGCAAAAGCAUUCGCAGGCAUUGCCUUCUCUCCUUCGGGAUGUGCGCCCUGGAAGCGUACGUUAACUGGCAGCCGACGACCGAACAGAAGUCGGACAAGGCACCCUAUAAGCCGCUCUUGGGCAUUCUUGGCUACACCUUGGACGUGGCCAAGAGCAUGAAGUGCCUGGGGCCCUCCGCCAUGGAGCUAGACAAGUUGGUGCGUCUACUGGCACUCGUGGCCGAAAAGGUAGCGUGUCCCGAACAAAUGUCCCUUGUGCUGGCCUUCUUGGAGCCCUUGCAACAUCUACGACCGCUCAUCGCCAGCCAGAAAAUGCUUAGUGUGCUCCUGCGAAUCUACAAAGCCAGUGUCCACUGCAAGAGCUCCGACAUGGCCAACCGUCUGCAGUCCACCUACCUUGCGGCCCAAACGAAUCCCUCGCGGUUGCGUUCACAGCUCUUCGUCCACUACCACAAUGCCAAUAAUACGGAGAAGUGCGUCUACGAGUGGCACGAGUCCAGUCCUAUGCCCAACCCCCUAACCCCCGCCCAAAAGAAACAGCUAUACGAUGUGGAUCUGUUGGCCGUGCUGCACUUCCAGAGUGCGCUGCCCGUACCCCUGCUGCAGUCGCUACUACGCUGCCGUCACAAUGACUACCACCUGGUUCUCCUGGCACGCAAGAUGCGCACCGACAGCGAGGUGGUGCGUCAGUGCGAGGAACUGCGCUCCCAGCUGCAAAGCACGGCCCUCAAGCAACCGCUCAGCCGCAUGCAACAGCUGGCCAUUGGCCAUACCAGUAUCGCUGGCUUCGCGGCCUUCUUCGAACGUGCAGACCAAGAGCCCCUCGGCUGCGACGAUACACCAAUCGACUGGGAAGCCCUGAUCGACGAUGCGGUUGCUGCAGCCAUGGCUCUGUCCACCAUGGGCUACAUGGCGCAGGCCGAUGAAGCCUGGCUGCUGAUACUCAGGAUUGGGCAAAUGCUGGACGAGAGAUUCACCUACCUGCGAGCCCUGACCCACUUCCUGGGACAAGACCACCUGAAUUCUAACCAGCAGCUCCAACUCUCCGAGGAGGUGGAUCGAGCGCAGGAGCUGCUCGACGAUCUGUGGCCUCAGCUCCAAAACGGAUGGUUCUUUAAGCGCCAACAUACUAUAGUGAUGCUCUGCCUCUGCCACAUGGCCAGCUACUAUUCGCGGCAGGACUGUCUGUGCCACGCCCAGCUGCUGUUGCUGCAGGCCGAGGAGCUGCGCGCCCAGUUCGAUGAGCGAGUUGGCAAGAGCGACAUUGUGCAGAUCACAAUUCAGACAGUUCGCUUUCGAUUGGACUACCUGCGGAAGAAGCGGUGCAGCAGCCUGCCUAGGAGGCCGUUGCCCCUGCGACAGCUAGACACGCUGGUCGACAGCGUGCGCAACUACUGCACAGUGUCCAGCGUGGACCUGGGAGCCCUGCAGCUGCUGCUGCCUGACCUCGUGAGGGAGAGCACCGAGUGUGCGGCCAAUCGGCUGACCGAGCGGUUCGCCUUUUACGGCACCACGCUUAACCUGGUGCUGCAGUCGGGUAUGGCCCUGCGGACCAUUGAGGUGCUCAUCUCGUGGCUCUGGAUGAACCUGCAGAAUGAGUACCUGGACCAGGCGCAGUCCAAGCUGCGCCUCCUGGACCAUUUGCUCGCCAUCAAGCCGCUUAGUCGAACGCUGGUGGAGCAGACUUCGGCCAAAUACAUCCCCGCAAUAGCCACCAAGGAAGAUCUCAAGGCGAAUGCCAUGAGCGAGCUGACCAGCAACAUGCUGCAGAACCAGCUGUACGUGGCCACACUCAAGUCUCUGCCCAUGCACGAGCCAAUUCCCACCAGCCAUCAGCUGCAGCGCUAUGUGAGCAAGCAAGGGAUGCCGCCCCAUCUACGGGACAGCAUGCAGCUGCAAUGCAUCUACUUUAUCGUGGGAUGUCUCCAUGCCCGCUUCAGCUUCUUGAAAAGGGAGACCGAUCAGCUGGACGACUUCUACGUAGGGGCAGGCAAUUGGCUGCAGGAGGAUACCGUACGCACCGCCACACUGGGCUCCAUGCUCAUCGUGCACGAACUCCACCACGUCAACUAUCUUCGCUUCAGAAAGAAGCACAAGGACGCUCUCAGCUAUGCGGAGGCAGGUCUCAAAUCAGUGUACCAAACGGCGGACAUCAACUAUAGCUUCAACCUCAUGGUCCAGAUGAAGACGGCCCGGUUGGAGCUGCAUCCCGUUGGCAAAGCGAGGGCGAAGACCAUUAGGCGAGCCCUCGCUUUUAACACUUCGCCAGAGGAUAAACGCAGGAAAGGUGUUGUUGAGGGGACUACCAAGGCAAAAUCAUCUGCCAGAAAGACGUCCAGGUUCAAGAUAUACACGGAGCUGGAAUUGCGACCACCCAUCGGCUGCAGCAACAGCAGCAGCAGUAGCAGCAAGAGCGGCAAUGAGAACACGCCACCAUCGGAUCAUGUGGAUCUGAAUGCCUGCCAGACGAUCGAGAUAAGCGAUGACGAUGCUGCUUCGGUUUCAGCUUCGACUCCGGCUCCCUCUCAACUGAAACGAUCCCAAUCUGUGCCAGCCAAGGCCACAAAGACACGCUCCGCUAGAAUUGGUAGCCAACUAAAAGUACCAGAGAUCAUCGAAUUGGACGAUACCAUGGAAGAGACGCCUUCCACCUCAUCGGCAGCCUCAGUGAAGCGGUAUCCGACUAGUGAUGCAAGGAGCACUCGUGCCCGCAACAGGCAACUCGAGGAAACGCCAGCGACCACGCGGGGACGACCACGUCGGAAGGUACCGGAGCCUGCACCCCAGCAGGAGACAGUCAGCCUUAGGCGGCGGCAAAGGAACUGAUCAGAACUGACACUUGCAUAGGCUUAUAAUAGUUUAUAGUUAAUAUUUUUUUGUAGCUUGUCCUUAUUCCAUUUGAUUGUGUAUUUAUAAACGUUAUGGCAAGGAGAUCGACCUUCCAGAGAA